AAGUUGACGUCCUUAGAGUUUCUGAAGACGCCGUUCUCUUAAGAUCCAAUUACGAUUUCUGGGGGUUGGGUUUGGAUUGGAAAUCUCAGAGAAGUUAAGGUUCCCAGGUACAGAUUGACGAAAAAUGUUUGGAAGAGCGCCGAAGAAAAGCGAUAAUACCAGGUACUAUGAGACACUGGGAGUGUCAAAGAACGCUUCUCAGGAUGAUCUCAAGAAGGCGUAUCGUAAAGCCGCCAUCAAGAAUCAUCCUGACAAGGGAGGUGAUCCAGAGAAGUUCAAAGAACUUGCUCAGGCUUAUGAGGUUCUGAGUGACCCUGAGAAACGUGAAAUCUAUGAUCAGUAUGGUGAAGAUGCCCUCAAGGAAGGAAUGGGUGGCAGUGGUGGUGGCCAUGAUCCAUUUGACAUUUUCCAAUCUUUCUUUGGUGGGAGUCCAUUUGGUGGUGGUGGUAGCAGCAGGGGAAGAAGGCAAAGGAGGGGAGAAGAUGUCGUCCACCCCUUGAAGGUUUCUUUAGAGGACCUUUAUAUUGGGACGUCAAAGAAACUCUCCCUCUCAAGAAAUGUAAUAUGCUCGAAGUGCAAUGGAAAAGGGUCAAAAUCUGGAGCAUCAAUAAAGUGUAAUGGUUGUCAAGGGUCUGGGAUGAAGGUUUCAAUUAGACAACUUGGCCCCUCUAUGAUUCAGCAGAUGCAGCAUCCUUGCAAUGAAUGCAAAGGUACUGGAGAAACUAUCAAUGAUAAAGACCGCUGCCCACAGUGCAAAGGUGAGAAGGUUGUUCAGGAGAAGAAGGUGCUGGAAGUCAUUGUGGAAAAGGGCAUGCAAAAUGGACAGAAAGUUACAUUUCCUGGAGAAGCUGAUGAAGCGCCUGACACAGUCACUGGGGAUAUAGUUUUUGUCCUCCAGCAAAAGGAACAUCCAAAAUUCAAGAGAAAGGGGGAUGACCUUUUUGUGGAGCACACCUUGUCCCUCACUGAGGCUCUCUGUGGUUUCCAGUUUAUAUUGACGCACUUGGAUGGAAGGCAGCUGCUUAUUAAAUCAAAUCCUGGGGAAGUUGUCAAGCCUGAUCAGUUCAAGGCAAUCAAUGACGAGGGAAUGCCAAUAUACCAGAGGCCAUUCAUGAGGGGGAAGCUAUACAUCCAGUUCAACGUGGAGUUCCCGGACACACUAAGCCCAGAGCAGUGCAAGGCAUUGGAAGCUGUGCUGCCAGCAAGGGCGACUACACAGCUGACAGAUAUGGAGCUGGACGAGUGUGAGGAGACCACACUGCAUGAUGUCAACAUAGAGGAGGAGAUGAGGAGGAAGCAGGCACAGGCUCAGGAAGCAUACGAGGAGGAUGAAGAGAUGCCUGGUGGCGCUCAAAGGGUGCAAUGUGCCCAGCAGUGAUGAAUUCUAAUACCAGAAAUUUCAUUUUCACAAGUAUUAAUACAAUCCGCAAAUGUGUGUUGUCAACUACAAACCUGGAUAACUGUUACUACAUUCAUUAUGGUGGAUGAUGAAAUUCCCAUUCCUCA